UCUGGGCCAUUCCCCCCGAUCUCCCCACUUCACUAAACCCUACCCACCUCGCUGCCGCGUAAACCCCCACCCAUCCCGCCGCGCGGCCCAUCUCCAGCGCACAACCAACGCCAACGCCGCCGCCGCCGCCGCCACCGCCAUGGCGGCCGCCUCGAGAGGCCUUCUCGCGCGCCUCCGCCACCUCUCCCUCGCUGGGCCCCGCCUCCCCCCUUGCCGCCUCUUCUCUGCGGAGCCUCUCGUCUCCCAUCCCGACGACGACGAUGCCGGCGCCGGCGGCGAUGGCGGAGGCCGGAUCAUAGAGGCGCGUCCUGGUGUCAUGGGCCCGGACUCCCGGCGGACCGGCGUGAUCGGCGUGAAGUGCGGCAUGUCGGCGAUGUGGGACAAGUGGGGGGCCAAGGUUCCCUUCACCGUCCUCUGGGUCGACGACAAUGUCGUCUGCCAGGUCAAGACCGCCGAGAAGGAGGGCUUCUACGCGCUGCAGCUCGGAGCAGGCCAAAAGAAGGAAAAACAUCUAACAAAGCCUGAAGUAGGCCACUUUAGGUCACAAGGAGUCCCUCUUAAGAGAAAAUUAAAGGAGUUUCCUGUUACUGAGGAUGCACUUCUUCCUGUUGGGACAACCAUCUCGGUUCGCCAUUUUGUACCUGGACAGUUUGUGGAUGUCAUUGGAAUCACGAAGGGAAAAGGUUUUGCGGGUGGCAUGAAAAGACAUGGUUUUAGUGGGAUGCCUGCGUCACAUGGUGCUUCUUUAUCACAUCGCAGCAUUGGUUCUACAGGUCAAAGGGAUGCUCCUGGAAGGGUUUUCAAAAACAGGAAAAUGCCUGGGCGCAUGGGUGGUGUUCAACGUACGGUGAAAAAUGUAUGGGUUUACCAAAUUGACCCCGCCAGGAACUUACUAUAUCUGAAAGGACAGGUUCCUGGUCCUCAAGGCAGCUUUCUUUUCGUCAAGGACUCUAUCUACAAGAAACCCGACAGAGCUUUGCUGCCAUUCCCUACACAUUUCUCGCAAGAAGGCGAGCCGGAAGACUUGGAGCCACUCAUUGCUGAUCUUGGUGAUAUCGACCCGUUCAUGGCAGCAGAUUAAGGCUAGGGCCAAAUUUGGAAGAAUCCUUUUGCUUUCAGUGCAUUGCUUGACAAUCCCACGCGAUUGUUUGUUAAAUUUUGCAUUGGAUAUAUGAGUAGCUCCUGGGUUACAACUACAAGAGCCAUCCCGUUACUGACCUGCCAGAUCAAUGUUGUUCCAUGUACAUUACCUGGCAGAUAUGCCAGGGCCCUGACUCAGUUAGGGUUUUGAGCUGAUUGUUUGGUCGACUGAGUGGAACUUAUUUUGUUUAAUAAGUUGUGUAAGCUAUGAUUCAGAUAGAUAUAUAAAAUCGAAAAUCUCCAUGCUGAGGUUACUAUUCUAGUUC